CUCUUCUCCCAGGAUGUCGCGCUCGGUGUUGCAGCCCAGCCAGCAGAAGCUGGCCGAGAAGCUGACCAUCCUCAACGAUCGCGGCAUCGGCAUGCUGACUCGCCUCUACAACAUUAAGAAGGCUUGUGGAGACCCAAAAGCUAAACCUUCAUAUCUUGUUGAUAAAAAUCUGGAAUCCGCUGUUAAAUUCAUAGUCAGAAAAUUUCCAGCUGUAGAGACACGCAAUAAUAAUCAACAGCUAGCUCAGCUGCAGAAAGAGAAAUCAGAAAUUCUGAAGAAUCUGGCUUUAUAUUACUUCACUUUUGUUGAUGUUAUGGAAUUUAAGGAUCAUGUCUGUGAACUACUGAAUACUAUUGAUGUUUGCCAAGUCUUCUUUGAUAUUACCGUAAACUUUGAUUUAACAAAGAACUAUCUAGACUUAAUCAUAACCUACACAACAUUAAUGAUAUUGCUGUCUCGGAUUGAAGAACGGAAAGCCAUCAUAGGAUUGUACAACUAUGCUCAUGAAAUGACGCAUGGAGCAAGUGAUAGAGAGUACCCACGUCUUGGCCAGAUGAUUGUGGAUUAUGAGAACCCAUUGAAGAAAAUGAUGGAAGAAUUUGUACCACACAGUAAAGCUCUUUCAGAUGCCCUAAUCUCACUUCAAAUGGUCUAUCCUCGUCGGAACCUUUCAGCUGAUCAGUGGAGAAAUGCCCAGCUCUUGAGCCUCAUCAGUGCUCCCAGCACAAUGCUUAAUCCUGCACAGUCAGACACA